UGCGCAUAGUCCAUAGUAAUGGUGGACGUUGCUUCUUCAUCGGAGUAAAUACCUGAACUAAUAUCUUAAGUAAUUCACCGAGAAUACGAAGAAGCUACCCACAAUAAUUUUGUCAGCAUCAAAUCUGCAUCUGUCAAAAUGGCUUUGGACUCAGGAUCUCAGAAUCCUGGCUCCAGGAGCAUCAUGACCUUCUACCCCACCAAGGAGGAGUUCGGGAACUUCAACCGCUACAUGGCCUACAUAGAGUCACAAGGUGCCCACAGAGCAGGCCUGGCCAAGAUUGUGCCUCCUAAGGAGUGGAAGCCCAGGCGUUCGUACGACGACAUCGACGAGCUGGUGAUCCCGGCCCCCAUCCAGCAGGUGGUGACGGGCCAGUCCGGCCUCUUCACCCAGUACAACAUCCAGAAGAAGCCCAUGACCGUCAGGGAGUUCCGCAAGACCGCCAACAGUGACAAGUUCUGCAGUCCACGGUACGUCGAUUUCGAGGAGCUGGAGCGGAAGUACUGGAAGAAUCUGACGUUCAACCCUCCCAUUUACGGAGCUGAUGUGAACGGCACGCUCUAUGACCCUGACGUGACAGAGUGGAACAUUGGUCGCCUGAACACCAUUCUGGACACGGUGGAGUGUGACAGCGGGAUCGUUAUAGAGGGGGUCAACACGCCCUACCUGUACUUCGGCAUGUGGAAGACCACCUUCGCCUGGCACACCGAGGACAUGGACCUCUACAGCAUCAACUACCUGCACUUCGGGGAACCCAAGUCCUGGUACUGUGUUCCACCAGAGCAUGGAAAGAGACUGGAACGCUUGGCCAAAGGUUUCUUCUCUGGAAGUUCCCAAAACUGUGAAGCUUUUCUCCGCCACAAAAUGACCUUAAUUUCCCCCUCCAUUUUGAGGAAGUACGGCAUUCCUUUUGAAAAGAUCACACAGGAGGCGGGCGAGUUCAUGGUGACGUUCCCCUAUGGUUACCACGCUGGGUUCAACCACGGGUUCAACUGUGCCGAGUCCACCAACUUCGCCACGCAGCGUUGGAUUGAGUACGGAAAGCAGGCCACGCUGUGCAGUUGCAGGAAGGACAUGGUGAAGAUCUCCAUGGACGUCUUUGUGAGGAAGUACCAGCCCGACCGCUACAAGCUGUGGAAGGCGGGGAAGGACAACGCGCCCAUCGACCACUCCAAGCCCACCCCGGAGGCCGCCGAGUUCCUGGGGGGAGAGGCGGCGGUGCAGAGCAGGGAGGAGCACUGUGAGGACCCCCGCUCAGAUGGGGAGAAGAGGAGCCUCUCCAAACAGAGAAUUGGGACUAAGAGACACAGAGUGUGUCUGGAGCUCCCGGAGGAGGUGCUCUCCAAGGAGGAGGAUUCGGAGCAGGAGGAGGAGUGUGAGGAGGUGGGGGCGGGGAAGAAGGCCCGGCUGAGCAUACCUCCAGAGCGGAAGCUGGAGGACGCGGUGAAGGGGCUCUCCACCAUGGACAUCCACCCGAAGCACGGGGCCCUGCUGGGGGCCAAACACAUCAUCAGCCUGACGCUCAGGCAGGGGCCCUCUGCCUCCCCCCUGCAGCACGGCGGCCCCAACGCCCUGCCCCCUCCCAAACCGGGCGUGGCCAGCCUGCUGUUCCACCGCACCCUGAGCCCCACCGAGGCGCUGCACGUGCACAGCUACGCCAAGGAGCGCUACGCGGCCCCCCUCCCCACGGUGGAGGAGAGGAGGCCCCAGCCCCCACCGGCAGCCCCGGCCAACUGGAGGAGCGAGGCGGUGCCGGCCUGCAGACUCAAAGUCGUCCACCAGGGGGCAGUAGUGGAGCCGGUGUGUAAGACCAUGAAGAGCAAACGGCUGCCCCUGAGCAAAUUGCCCCGUCUCCACCCCCUGAUCCAGGACUGCCUCAGCGAUGAAGAGCCCCCCGAGCUGGCCCCUGAGGAAGAGGAGGACGAGGAGGAGGAGGAGGAAGAGGAGGUGCAGGAGGAGGAGGAGGAGGAAGAGGAAGAGGAGGUGCAAGAGGAGAAGGAAGAGGAGGUGCAGGAGGAGGAGGAGGAGGAAGAGGAGGUGCUGGUGCAGGAGAGGGAGGCGUGGGCGAAGCCCCUGGCACAGCUGUGGCAGAACAGACCUCACAACCUGAAGGCCGAGAAGGAGUAUAACUACCGCAUGGGCCUGCUGCCUCCCUACUGCGCUGUGUGCCUGCUCUUCCAGACCUACCAGCAGUCGCAGUACUGCAGCAGCAGCCACAGGCCCGCGGGCGCUCUGGGUGAAGGCAUGCGCACCGCCCCACUCAUCCCGGAGAUGUGCUUCACCACCACCAACAACUCGGAGGUGCACUUCUCCAGCCCCUACCUGGAGGAGGACGGCACCAGCCAGCUCCUCAGCUGCUCCCAGUGCAGCGUGCGCGUUCACACAAGCUGCUACGGCGUCCCCCCGGAGAGUGUGUCCAGCCGCUGGAAGUGUGCCCGCUGCCAGGCCAACGCCGUCACCGAGGACUGCUGUUUAUGUUCGCUGAGGGGAGGUGCCCUGCACAGAGCCAACAAUGAUAAGUGGGUGCACGUGCUGUGUGCCGUGGCUGUGCUGGAGGCCCGCUUCGUCAACCUGGCCGACAGGAGUCCCGUGGAUCUCAGCGGGAUCCCCCUGCAGAGGUUCAAACUGAAGUGCUUCUACUGUAAGAAGCGCAUGAGGAAGGGCUCUGGCUGCUGUGUGCAGUGUUCUCACGGCCGAUGCCCCACCUCCUUCCACGCCACCUGCGCCCAGGCCGCCGGCGUCCUCAUGCAGCCCGACGACUGGCCCUUCGUCGUCUACAUGACCUGCUGGAGGCACAAGGGCCCCGUCAACACGGCGCGGAGCAAGGCGUCGAUGCGGGAGCUGGAGGUGGGACAGAAGGUGAUCUGCAAGCACAAAAACGGGCGGUACUACCGGUGCGAGGUGGCGGAGCUGACCAACGCCACCUUUUACGAGGUGGUCUUCGACGACGGCUCCUUCAGCGACAACCUCUUCCCGGAGGACAUUGCGAACCGGGACUGUGUGCUGCUGGGCCCGCCCGCGGAGGGAGACGCCGUGCAGGUGCGCUGGACGGACGGCCUGAUCUACGGGGCCAAGUUCGUCACGGCCCACACCAUCCCCAUGUACCAGGUGGAGUUUGAGGACGCCUCGCAGCUGUCGGCCAAGCGGGACGAUGUGUACACCCUGGACGAGGAGCUUCCAAAGCGGGUCAAGUCCAGACUGUCUGUGGCGUCGGACAUGCGCUUCGACGGGAUCUUCACGGAGCAGCAGGUGAAGCGGCACUCCAAAAGGCAGCGGGUCAUCAACUCUCGCUACCGGGAGGACUUCAUCGAGCCGGUCAUCUACAGAGCCAUCAUGGAGUGAUGCGGUCCACCUGCUCCACCAGGGACCCACCAGCACCGCGUCGUGGGACCGCUACCCCCCGUAACCUUAACUUAUGAACUGAGCCAAGGGCAGCGCAGGGCCGCAAGCUGGUCCCGGUAGCGUAGCAGGCUAGCACCCUCAGCGUACACUUAAUGCAUUUAAUGACAGCGCGGGAAUCCAUGGUCAAGUCCAUUUUCACAUUUCUUUUUUUCUUUGUUCGUUGCUGUCGAUGUCCUCGUCACUGAUGGAAACCUUGAGAACAAGACAGUGUGCGAGGGCAGUUCACCCCACACAGAGGACUUCUGAUUGGACAUUAUCAGGCUUCCUGAUUGGGCGGUAAACGCGGCGUUUGUCCUUUUGCUUCUUGCCAUCAAGUCACUUUUGGUUGGGUAUUUAUUGUUCGGGUGCUACUAUGUGAGACAGAACUGCCAUUUUAUUAUGAUUAGGCUGGUACAUCUGACGUUUGUUUGAGUUCAUGAAUGAUACUCUUAUGACUUUUUUUUUUCUUUUCUUUUUUCAAUAGACUGUUUAGUGAUCAUUAAAUGACUUCAUGGGAAUGUUGGGUAUUGCACAGUAUGCUAAUGUGUCAUGAAUGAAACAUCCAUAACGAUGUAAUAUGCUUCAUCAAUUACACACUGGAUCGAUUAGCUGGAACUCCAGACCUGGAAAGGAACGUAGUUCUGCCUAAGGUUUAGGAAGGUGGGGUAAAUUAAAGUAAAGCCUGGACUUCAUCUCUGAGAGCUCCGGUCAUCUUCCUUUAGGUCUGGGUGUCUAAAUCAAAGCUUUGAUUUGAAUCGCUCUAAUUUAAAUGUAGGAAUUUGAGAACAAAACAUUUUGACGGUACGACUGCUGCCGUUAAAAUCUCGUCAAAGACUCCGUGUAUUUAUUUGUUGUCUGAACAGGUUUUUUUUUUUUUUUUUUUUUUUUUUUGGGGUAUAUGUUUGAAAAUGUAUCUGCGUUCCUGAGCCCCUCCCUGUGAGGAUGUUUUGCCCUGGUCGGAAACUGAAAAUGCACGGAGGACGAAGCUAAGCUCGACAGGCUAGCCGCUUCCCUGGUUAUUUCCACAUCGUGUGAAAUCCCUCGGUGCAGUGACCUUAUGAUAGGCAAGGGCCCGUGUCAUCUAUUCCGCUCAGUUGUAUUUACCACCAAUAGGAAGAUCCUGUGGUAAAUAUUGUGUUUUACGUUAUUAUGCAUAUUUAAGUUGGUCUUCUUUCUUUUUUUUCUUCUUUUUUUUUUUAAAAUUGCUUUUUUUCCCCCCCCCCAAAGUUCUGUGUUGUAGACAAACUCUGUGAUCAAUCGUCUCCGAGUAGAAUUGUGUUUGUUGAUUAUUUAAAGCUGUGCGCUGUGAUUUCAGGGAUGAAGUCACUGGGCCCUCAGUCCCGGAGUGCCGCGGGCGUGUUUUGCGGCCUCUUUGGGCUGCUUGCCUUGGCACUGUUGAUUUCAGGUGGACAGUCAGCACUUGUCUGUUAUAAUCACAGUCUGUUUCAGUAAAGCACUGAGGCUGGA